AUGGCCACAAUCUUAGCAGUUGCUAACAAAGAUCAAGAGAUGACGCCCGCUGAAAUGGAAAACACGAGGACCUCGCAUGGAAUAGAUAUCGCCCUGAAGGUUCUGCAUCCCAUUUUGAUUGAGCCUGGUGUUCUGGACCGGGAGAGGAAAAUCCGUUCAUUCGGCCAAGAGGUAUUCCGUCUCAGUCGCAUCCACCACCCCAACCUAUGUCAAUUGCUGGGCAUUGCCAGGGUUGGGCGAAACGCUGCUCUCGCGUUGGAGUUGCUGAAUUCGACGUUGGAAGAGUUGAGUAUUGGUGAGGGUCGGGAGGAUGGCUUGAAGUUGAUCGGCUACCUCUGCGACACGUCGGCUGGUAUCAGAUACCUGCACGUUCGUGGUAUUAUCCACCGGGACCUCGCACCGAAGAAUGUGAUGAUCAAGAACGGAGUCGCAAAGGUAUGCGAUUUUGGUGUGGCGAAAUUCGUACGUUUGGCAUCCCCUCGUCAACAGCAGCACCAGGUGCAGGCGGCUCGAAUGGACAUGACCCGUUGCCCCGGAACGCUGGUUUUUAUGCCACCGGAGGCUAUGGUAGAGGAACCAGACUAUGAUCGUCCGCUGGAUAUCUUCUCGUUGGGAGUUACGCUACUGGCUGUUAUCACUGGUGUUAUGCCUGGGAUCGACCUGGAUCAACGCUCCAGCCGUUGUGAUCGUCCAGGACGCCAGUGGUCGGGGAAACGACGCAGGUGGUAG